CCGUGCCCCCCACCCCGGCCGGAGCGAGUCAUGGCGGCGGGCGCGGUGGCGGCGUGGCUGCUGCUGUGGGGUGCGGCCUGCGCGCGGCGGGAGCCGGACUUCUACGACUUCCAGGUGGUCAACAUCCGGGGCAAGCUAGUGUCGCUGGAGAAGUACCGGGGCUCGGUAUCCCUGGUGGUGAACGUGGCUAGCGAGUGCGGCUUCACAGACCAACACUACCGAGCGCUUCAGCAGCUGCAGCGGGACCUGGGGCCCCACCACUUCAAUGUGCUUGCCUUUCCCUGCAACCAGUUUGGCCAACAGGAGCCAGACAGCAACAGGGAGAUUGAGAGCUUUGCCCGCCGCACCUACAGUGUGUCUUUCCCCAUGUUUAGCAAGGUCGCAGUCAUUGGCACUGGUGCCCAUCCUGCCUUCAAGUACCUGACCCAGACUUCUGGGAAGGAGCCCACCUGGAACUUCUGGAAGUACCUUGUAGCCCCAGAUGGAAAGGUGGUGGGAGCUUGGGAUCCAACUGUGUCCGUGGAGGAAAUCAGGCCUCACAUCAUAAGCCUAGUGGCGAAGCUCAUCCUGAAAAAGCGAGAAGACUUGUGACCAGAUUUCCAGUCCCCUUCCUUCCCCAUCGCAUCCCGCCUGUAUAUAAGUGACCAAAACAAACUCAAGUGGUGCUUCCCAGGGAGAGACCUACUGGUCCUCUUUCCUUCACUCUUACCAUACCUAUCACUUCUAUAGGGGAAACAUUUCUAGCAGUCUGAUUAUUUGAACCAGAGCAACUAAUAGGAAUUCCUGGCCACUGAAAACUCCUUUGACAGUGAAUCACCAGCUAAUAAAAACUAGCCAAUGGUAACAUGUGACAGGCAGAGGAUAGGUCUUGGGCAGGCUCCUGUAAAAUGGGACUGAUUCCUACCUCACAGGGUUCUUGUGAGGGUUGUGAGGAGAUAUAUGUGCAAGUGCCUUAGGCAGUACAAGCCAAAUAGAAAACAUUCAAUAAAUGUUUUUUUUUGCAUAUUAACCAAAAAAUUACUUGUGAUCAAUGAAAGCUUGCACUCAGUAUGAAUUUUCACCCAAUGGAAAUCCAGAUCAAAUAUGUGUUUGUUGUUUUCCUCUU